AUGGCCACCUACCGUGACCUCACCCAAAAAGUAGUGCUCAUCGUCGGAGGCGGCGCAGGGAUUGGAAAAAGCGCAGCCCUGGCCUUCGCGCACGCGGGCUCCAAAGUGGUGGUUGCAGACAUCAACCCCGGCUCCGUUCACCAAACCGUGACCGAAAUCAAAACAUCUCAUCCCCAAGCCCAGACCCUCGCCGUCACAGCCGACAUCUCCCAAGCCACCGAGGCAGAUGCGAUGGUCCAGAAAGCCGUGGCCGAGUACGGCCGAGUGGACGUUGCGGUCAACAGCGCCGCGAUCCCGGCCGCCAUCGCACCGAUCGCUGAGCUGGACGAGAGCCACUGGGCGCAGCUCCUGGGUGUGAACCUCACGGGCAUGGCCUGGUGUCUGAAGUAUCAGCUGAGGCAGAUGAUUCAGCAGCAGAAAGACAAGAGUGAUGGACAGCCAUCGAUCAUCAAUCUUGCGUCUGCGGCCGGGCUGAAGGCACAAGCGUUCCAGGCGGCCUAUUCAACCGCGAAGCAUGGGGUGAUUGGGUUGACGAAAGUGGCUGCGCUCGAGAAUGGAGUGCACGGCAUCCGUGUCAAUGCUCUUGCGCCCGGGGCAACUUCCACCGACUUUCUGAGGCAGACGUUGACCAGAAUGGGGACAUGUGAAGCUGAGGUUGGGCCACAUGUUGGCUUGUUCGGGCGAGUGGCGAGCUCCGAGGAGAUCAUGCAGGCGGUCUUGUGGUUGGCGUCGGAUGUUUCUUCGUAUGUUACGGGGGUUACUCUGCCUGUGGAUGCUGGCUUUACUUUGCAGUGA